AUGAGGUGUGAAAUUUAUUACCUCUGCAUAAUAAUUACAUUUAUUACUAUAUCAUCCGCCGCAAAUAACGGCGCCAGCUUCGUCUUCGAUUGUAUUUUUGCGCACGACGUCUGUCCCAAUGAGCACAUACAAUUUUGGCUCUACAAAAACGCCACUCAAAACGAGCCAAUUCUUUUGGACCCAUUGAAUCUCACAGCGGCAGCCUUCCACCCACGUUGGCCUUUGAAAAUUCUUAUUCACGGCUUUCAUGGUAGUCAACAUACUUCUCCCAAUCUGGAAUCGCGCCCAGUACUUCUGCGUACGCAGGAAGUUCUGGUGAUUUCUGUGGAUUAUAGUAGACUAACACGAUUUCCUUGCUACUAUCCAUGGGCGGUGACCAAUGCACGAGUGGUGGCGCGUUGCCUAGCACAGUUGAUUGACAAUUUAAUAGGCAAUGGCAUCUAUACCGAUCGGGAUAUUCAUUUGAUCGGUUUUAGUUUGGGAGCACAAAUCGCCGGAUUAACAGCAAAUUUUGCCAAUCAGCCGUUGCGGAGAAUAACAGGCUUAGAUCCUGCUGGCCCUGCCUUUAUCACCCAAAAUCGUAGCGAAAAGUUGGAUGCCACGGAUGCAGAGUUUGUAGAUGUCAUACAUACUGACCCCUUUCUCUACUCCACAUUGGAACGUAGUGGUCAUGCUGAUUUUUAUCCUAAUUUGGAGAAAUUUUUCCAACCAGGUUGCAAUAUUGUGCAAGAUGGACAUAUUCGAAAUUGCAAUCAUUUUCGUGCGCCCCUCUACUACUCUGAAUCUAUUGGUAGCGAACGUGGCUUUUGGUCCUAUCAGUGCGGUGAAUGGUUGGAGUUUUUGUUGCAGCAAUGUCGCCGAUAUGCGGACGUGCCACACACAAAGAUGGGUUAUUUUGUGUCUAGAAACGCUUCCGGUUCCUACUUUCUUCAAACGGAGGCAUUCGCGCCAUUUGCCAAGGGUCCUAUCGUCGGCUUAGAACUAGAAAUUAGUAAAAGUACGACUAAGAAGCCAACCUGA